AUAAUGUUUUUAUAUCAAUUGAUAAACAUUUAAUUACAUUAACCAUCAAUAAAAAUCCUUUUAGAUCUGUAAGGAUAAAAGAAAAUUGUGCUAUAUUAUUUAAAAACUUUGAUAAAAUUGUAGCAAAUAAAUUUACUGAAUGCAACGAAUUAUGGAAUGUAAUGCACAAUUUUUUUACAAUGUAUACGAAAACUCAUGAUAAUUUUAAUCAUAGUCUUACAUUUCUAUACAACAUAAUUAGAUUUGAUAACAAAACCUAUUCUUUUUUGCUUUUAAAAAUGGUAUCAGAUAAGAAUUUGAUUCAUUUUUCAUUAGUAAUCAUUAUAUCAUAUUUAUUAAGUAUCAUAUCUCAAGACGAAGCACAUUAUCUUUUAGAGCACGGUGUAGAUGAAAAGCCUAAAACACAAAAUUGUAUUUUCAACGUCGAUCUUGUUGAUACUUUGAUGAAAUAUAAUUUUUGCAAUAAUUCGCCAAUUUUUUUGUUAUUUAAAUUGUUGUUAGUAGAUGCUGCUUGCCAAGAGCUAGCUCAACAAGAUAAUGAAAUAAUUAAAAGUCAUAAAGCCUUUGAAAUUAUUUCAUCUCUAUGCGAAUUUGCUUUUUUUGAUAAAAAAGAGAUUAGUUUUCUUGAUUCAAAAAAAUAUGAAAAAUCUUUAAGUUUAUUCUGGUGUUUGUUUUAUGAGUUAGAUCCGUUAUACGAAUUACGAGAUGCAAUAUUUUUUAGCACUUUGUAUGUCAUAAACAGGUUUAUAUUAAAAAAUGACAAAUUUUAUUUUUAUAGUAAUAGUUUUAUCAACUAUACUGCGAAAGAUGAAGUAAUAAUGAAGUUAAUCUUUUAUGAUUUUAAUUAA